CAACCGUCUCCCUCCUUCACAUUAUUUUCUCUCUCCUCCAACAAAACUCAACACCAAUUUUUUUUAACUCCAUACACUUCCAUAACCAUUUAUGUAACAACCUCAAAAAAUUUCACAAAAAAUUAACAAAAAUGAAGCUUCUUCUCUUCUUUAUGGUGACUAUGAUCACCUCUAGAGUACAUUCGCUCUCGCCCGACGGCCUUGCUCUUCUUUCACUGAAGUCGGCCGUCGAUAAUUCAUCUUCGUCCGCAGUCUUUUCCGACUGGGACGAAGAUGACCCCGAUCCAUGUGGAUGGACCGGGGUUUCCUGCGACGGAAAUUCCACCUCUAGUCCAAACCCCCGGGUUGUUGGAAUUUCCGUAGCAGGAAAGAAUCUCCGAGGGUACAUUCCCUCGGAGCUCGGCUCCCUUACCUACCUCCGACGUCUGAAUUUACAUGGCAACAGAUUCUACGGCUCGAUUCCUGACCAAAUAUUCAAUGCCACGUCACUCCACAGCAUUUUCCUGUAUUCGAAUAAUCUCACUGGUCCACUGCCUUCCUCCAUGUGCUCACUUCCAAGGAUUCAAAAUGUAGACGUUUCAGGAAAUUCCCUCUCCGGCGAGAUUCCGACGGGGUUGAAGGAAUGUAAGCAGCUUCAGAGACUGAUUCUGGCGAGAAAUAACUUUUCCGGCGAGAUUCCGGGAGGAAUUUGGCAUGAAUUGGUUAAUCUAGUCCAACUUGAUCUGUCUUCCAACCAGUUAACGGGAAAGAUACCGGAGGAGCUCGGCGAGUUAAAGUCACUUUCCGGGACGUUAAACUUCUCUUUCAACCAUCUCUCCGGGAAGAUCCCAAAGUCUCUCGGGGAUCUUCCCAUGACAGUAAGUUUCGACCUAAAGGCGAAUAACCUGUCCGGGGAAAUUCCCCAGACAGGCUCAUUCGCCAACCAGGGUCCCACCGCCUUUUUAGGUAACCCGCUUUUAUGCGGGUUCCCGUUACAAAAGGACUGUACUAAAAAACUUACUAACCAAAACUCAACCCCACACGGGGGCACUAGGGGGACCAGCCCCGAUCGGAAGGGGCUAAGUCCGGGGCUGAUCCUCCUAAUAUCUGCAGCCGAUGCUGCAUUCGUUGCCCUGGUGGGGCUAGUCCUAAUCUACUUCUACUGGAAGAAAAAAGAUCACUCAACGGGUUGUAGCUGCACGGGUACAAUCAAACUAGGAAGACAUAUGAACAAUAAAGAUAAAAAGUCCCGACUCUGCGGGUGCUUUCAAGGGUCCCCGAACAAUGACAUUGAGAGCGAGUCCGAUAAGGGUAGUUCCGAAGGCGGCGAUGGUGGUGGAGGAGGCGGCGGAGGAGGAGGAGACGGGGAGGGAGAGUUGGUUGCAAUAGACAAAGGGUUUACAUUUGAGUUAGAUGAGUUGUUAAGGGCUUCAGCUUAUGUGUUAGGGAAAAGUGGGUUAGGGAUAGUUUAUAAAGUUGUGCUUGGAAAUGGUGUGCCUGUUGCUGUAAGAAGAUUAGGAGAAGGUGGUGAUCAACAAAGGUAUAAAGAGUUUGUUGCUGAAAUUCAAGCAAUUGGGAAAAUUAAACAUCCAAAUGUGGUUAAAUUGAGGGCUUAUUAUUGGGCUCCUGAUGAGAAAUUGCUCAUUUCUGACUUCAUUUCUAAUGGCAAUCUUGGUAAUGCACUUCGAGGAAGAACUGGGCAACCAUCAACAAGUCUAACAUGGUCAACAAGGUUAAAAAUUGCCAAAGGAACGGCUAAGGGUUUAGCUUACCUCCAUGAAUGUAGCCCUAGGAAAUUUGUACAUGGAGAUAUUAAGCCAUCAAACAUCCUCCUCGACAACGAGUUCCAGCCACACGUGUCCGAUUUUGGCCUAAACCGGUUGAUUAGCAUCGCCGGUAAUAACCCUUCCACCUCUGGUGGUUUCAUGGGAGGGGCACUCCCUUACAUAAAGCCCACUAACCAAGAAAAAACAAACAACUAUCGCGCCCCAGAGGCACGGAUUCCUGGGGGUCGACCAACCCAAAAAUGGGACGUGUACUCGUAUGGAGUGGUUUUGCUAGAAUUGCUAACGGGGAAAUCUCCGGAACACUCUUCCCCGACAACGUCAACUUCCACGGAAAUUCACGACUUGGUGAAGUGGGUAAAGAAGGGUUUCGAAGAGGAAAGUCCUCUUUCGGAAAUGGUAGACCCUAUGUUGUUACAAGAGGUCCAUGCCAAAAAGGAAGUGUUGGCUGCUUUUCACGUGGCUCUUUCUUGCACUGAAGGUGAUCUUGAGAUUCGGCCUAGGAUGAAAAAUGUGUCUGAAAAUCUCGAUAAGAUUGGGAGUUGAAAAACAUAAAAUGUUGGUCAUUAUUUGUGGUGAUUAUUUAGGUUAAAAUUUUACAAUCAAACAAAAAUAUUUUUGUUGGUGCGAGUAAUGCAAAUAAUCAAAACAAGAAUAUGAGCACCCACCAACGUUUUUGCAGAUUCAAGUUAAAAAUGUGUGCUCCACAAUUUGGUAUUUCCUUACAGAACUAGUUAGACUAGAUUGGGUGGAGUUUCAAGCUUUUGACAUCAAACAAAUUAUUUUUGGAUAUUUUUUAUUUUUAAAGUAUUGACUAGAUGGUAAGGCAUAUACAUUUUACGGGUUUCAGUUGUAAUUUAAAUUAACGAACCAAAUAUAUUGGACGGAGUACUACAGUAUAUCCAAUAUCAAUAGAAAAAAGGUAUUUGUCUUGGCAUAUGUAACCUUUGUAAAAUAGAGGAUCGCAAUUGAAAUAGAAUAUGAAUAUUUUUUGUGCU